GAAGAUGCUCGCCCAAGCAAGUGGCCGCGGAUCCAAGCAAGGGGCUGACAAUAGAAUGGCACACGAGUUGAAGAAGGGGGUGACGAAACCACAAGAUAUCUCCAAACAUGAUGCGGAUGAUGAAAUUAUGCAACUACGAAGAAGAUUUAAACGGCAGAAUUAUGAAAUCAUAAGAGUUAAUGCUCGCUAUGCAGCCCAGCUGCGCGAGCUUGAGCUUCAACGUUCGGAGCUAGCUGGCAAGAUCUUCGAUUUGCAUGCGGAAGUCGCACGAUUGACAUCCGAAAACGAAAGAUUGGUUCAGCUUAAUGUGCAAUUACAACGACAGUCCAGCCCCGAGAAAUUCGAAAACCUGCAGUUAUUUAUUCAAAUGGCACUGGAGAGUUUGGAAUCCUUCCUGGACCUUAUCUCGGUUAAAGCUCUACUCUUUGAAGAAAAGGUUGUCCCCGGGCUGAAAAGAAUGCUGCAAGCUUCCACAGUAGGCGAAAUUGCGGACUCUUUCGCAUUUUCACCUGAGCAUUUAAAUGAAAAACAGGAUUCUACGAUCGACCAUUACCUGCAUAACAAAUUGCCGUCAAACGAUGAUCUUAUGCAAAUUCCAACCGAAAGAGUGCCGGACGAGGAAGGAAUUCGACCGAGAAUUAGGUCUUUCAUAUUCGUUAAUCUUGAAUUGCUCGUGAAAUUAAAGGAACUGACAGCACCCAGCAGAAGGUCCCGAUCGAACUUUGGAAAUUUAUCGCCUAUAGCUGAGGUCGACGCGGAGGAGUCCUUCCCGUUUUUCGAAGGCACGCAGGGAUCACAAUAUUCUGCGAGGAAUCCGGGGACAUUUAAAUUGCGCGAGCGACAAAGGACCAGUAAAACAGCCUCAUCGCGUGUUAUCCAACCUAUACAAAAUGAAUUGCAAGAAGAAAAUGCGGAACCAUUCCGGAAAGGGGCCGCAAAGACUACUAGGGUAACCAAGACAAUAAAGGCGUCUAGCUUAGGCAUAACGACACAAGAUAAGUCAGAUGGCGGCGGACACCAGACGAAAACGUCCAAACAAGCAUCGGUGUCUGCAUUUGAAAAACAACGUCAAAAUGGGGAAACAGAGACAAUGGCAGGGUUUCUGGAUACCGAUGGCACUGGCCAAACAUGGGCAGACACGAUAACAUGUACAACCGAGGAAAACAUGAGAAGAACGAGGCGAAGAACCCCGAUCAAAAGCUAUGCGUUGCCUUCCUUACGCAGCAAACUCAGACAAGGUGAUGAAUUUACCAUUCCGAUAGAAAGCUCAGCCCCAAGACAUGGGACCACGAACAGCCGCAUUCCAAUAUCCCUAAGGACACCACCAAAGAAAUCUUCAUCCCUAAGUCCUCCAAGGGGAAUGCAAUGGCAAAAGGAAAACGCCGAUUCUUCUCUUCCAACGCCACCGAAAGGAACUGAACCUAACUUUCGUAGCGGUAGUCCGAUUUUAUUAUCUACCAUCGAUACUGUAUAGACAUUUCAUCAUUCGGGGAGAUAAUUAGAGUUACGAUUUCUAAUGUAGAUGAUCUAGUUGGCCGUGUGGCGUAUAUCCACAUUCCAC